CGCAGGAGACGGGUCAGCACGCCGGCGCAGUGCGUCGGUCACAGCCUGGCUCCUGCGGUAGAAUCUUUACUUCCUUGAGUGUUGACCCUGGAGAAAGGAAGAUGGUGCUGGAUCUGGAUUUGUUUCGAGUGGAUAAAGGAGGGAACCCAGACCUCAUCCGAGAAAGCCAGGAGAAGCGCUUCAAGGACCCGGGACUCGUGGACCAGCUGGUGAAGGCAGACAGCGAGUGGCGACGAUGCAGAUUUCAGGCAGACAACUUGAACAAGCUAAAGAACUUAUGCAGCAAGACAAUUGGAGAAAAAAUGAAGAAAAAAGAGCCAGUGGGAGAUGAUGACUCUGUUCCUGAGAAUGUGUUAAACUUUGAUGACCUCACUGCAGACACUUUAGCUAGCCUGAAAGUCUCACAAAUCAAAAAAGUCCGACUCCUCAUUGAUGAAGCCAUCCUAAAGUGUGAUGCAGAGCGGCUAAAACUGGAGGCAGAGCGGUUUGAGAAACUUCGAGAGAUUGGGAACCUUCUGCACCCCUCCGUGCCCAUCAGUAACGACGAGGAUGCAGACAACAAAGUAGAGAGGAUUUGGGGUGAUUGUACAAUCAGAAAGAAGUACUCUCACGUGGACUUGGUGGUGAUGGUUGAUGGCUUUGAAGGCGAAAAGGGGGCCAUAGUGGCUGGGAGUCGAGGGUACUUCCUGAAGGGGUCCCUGGUGUUCCUGGAACAGGCUCUCAUCCAGUUUGCCCUUCGCACCUUGGCAAGUCGGAACUACAUUCCCAUUUAUACCCCCUUUUUCAUGAGGAAGGAAGUCAUGCAGGAAGUGGCUCAGCUCAGCCAAUUUGAUGAAGAACUUUAUAAGGUGAUUGGCAAAGGCAGUGAAAAGUCUGAUGACAACUCCUAUGAUGAGAAAUACCUGAUUGCUACCUCAGAGCAGCCCAUUGCUGCUCUACACCGGGACGAAUGGCUGCGGCCAGAAGAUCUGCCCAUCAAGUAUGCCGGCCUGUCCACCUGCUUUCGCCAGGAGGUGGGCUCCCAUGGCCGUGACACUCGUGGUAUCUUUCGAGUCCAUCAGUUUGAGAAGAUUGAACAGUUUGUGUAUGCAUCACCUCACGACAGCAAGUCAUGGGAGAUGUUUGAAGAGAUGAUUGCCACUGCAGAAGAGUUCUACCAGUCUUUGGGGAUCCCUUACCACAUUGUGAAUAUUGUCUCAGGUUCUUUGAAUCAUGCUGCCAGUAAGAAGCUCGACCUGGAGGCCUGGUUUCCAGGCUCAGGAGCUUUCCGUGAGUUAGUCUCCUGUUCGAAUUGCACAGAUUAUCAGGCUCGCCGGCUCCGAAUCCGAUACGGGAAGACCAAGAAGAUGAUGGACAAGGUGGAGUUUGUCCACAUGCUCAAUGCUACGAUGUGUGCCACUACCCGGACCAUCUGUGCCAUCCUGGAGAACUACCAGACAGAGAAGGGCAUCAUUGUCCCUGACAAAUUGAAGGAGUUCAUGCCGCCAGGGCUCCAAGAACUGAUCCCUUUUGUGAAGCCUGCACCCAUUGACCAGGAGCCAUCAAAGAAGCAGAAGAAGCAACAUGAGGGCAGCAAAAAGAAAGUGUCAACAAGAGAUGCCACCCUGGAAAACCAGCUGCAGAACAUGGAAGUCACCGAUGCCUGAACAUUCCUUCCUUGAAGUUUGCCAGGCUUCGUUUCCAUCUGCUGGGAUCUCAGAGGCUGCCUCGGAGCAGGAUGGCCAAGCACCUCCUCAUCACCCCGCCCAUCUGACUGCAUCGCUAACAGGAACCGUCUGCCAUGCGCAGCACAGGUGUUCCUGUCUCCUCGAAUGGGCAUGGGGUCCACCACUGAUGACUGAUGAAACCAUGUAAUAAAACAUCUCUGGGGAGGGCUUCAGACUC